AUGCCAUCAAGAUCAACUAUUCAAGUUUCAGCAAAAGUAGUGUCAGCCUCAGAAGAAGUAUGUUUUGAGGACGUUUUUGAAGGACCGCUUUUGAAAAACUUGAUAAUUGACCAUUUGAAGAACCUCAAGGAGGAGUUCAGCAGGUACUUUCCUAACUUGUCCGAGGAGUUGUACAAACUAUCAACUGACCCGUUCAACAUGGACAUACAGUUGCUGCCAGAAGAGUUGCAAGAGGAGGGAAUAGAAAUAAAAAUGACUCUGCAGCAAGAUACGAUUUUGACAAAAUGGGACAAGCCCUCAUUUUGGUUAAAUUGGAGGGUCGGCCGCAUCGAGCGCUGGGGUCGAGCCGGCGGUGGGCAGUACGUCUGUGACACCCGCCACGGCGCGUUCCUUUCCCGCCACUUCGCGCCAGUUUCCCGCGCAAACUUCUCGUCGCACCCCGCCACCCUGUCUGGACGCGACAUAUGUCAGUGA